CCUGAGAAUUAUUAAAGUGUGUGGCUGGUAUCGCUGCGGAAUGGUUAAUGUUUUUUGGUAUGACCGGCAUGUUGGUCUUCCAUAGCAACAGCGUCCUAUGUUCAUCUCACUAUUGAUUCUGCCUAAAUGAUUAUAGCAUAGAGAGUUUUGUCUUCAUUUUAGAUAUAAUAUCUUAUGAUAUUUCAUCUGAUAUUCCAUUUACAUGUCUAAGCGUUCGAUGAUGAAGGAGAAAAAUAUUUUAGUAACAGGUGUUAUUAAAAGGAUUAAACUCAUUCUCCAUUUUUUAAAUUUCAAAUUCUGGGAGAAAUAUAGCAAUGGGUAUAUUCCCGGAAAGCUCAGGAUCAUUUCCAAAGCGACAUAAGACGUAUAAGGAAAAGGUUCCAGCGAUGUCGGCUUUGCUUGCGUCAAGCAGAGGCGAGACGAGAACCGACGCUUCUCUGCAAGGUGAGGAGGAGGGUUUAAAUAGGCCUCCGCGCUCCAACAUGGCGGAUGUGGACAUUGAUCUCUACGGAGACGUGGAACAAGACUUCACUCAGGAUCGUGAAAUGAGCUGGAUGACUUUGCUGACGGAGACCUGUAUGAUGCGGUCCUCACGGGCGGUGGAAGAGAACGGGAGCGUGAGGCUCCUCCCAGCCCUACCUCUGCCCCGCCUGAACGUAAUGGAGGAACCGCUCCUUCUCGUCAACCCACACAAGCCCAAAGAGGACGCUCAGUCUCAUCUGAAGAACGUGCCGUCUUCUCUGGACCAGUGCCUCACAGUGGACGGAAAUAUCAGCUCUACGUGGGAAACUUGACUUGGGUAAGUCACAUGUUUUUAUAGGUAUUAUUUGUAUCAUGCUGACUCCCUUAGAGGGAUUUUUUCCUAUCAUGCAGCCAGUGUACACUUUGAAAGUGUAUUCACUAUUACAGAAUACAUAAAUUCUUUAUUUGCUUCCAUAUAUAUGUGUAUAUUUAAUUGUGCACAGUUGCUUUUAUCUUUGUUUUCCUUUGUGUUCUUGCACUGUUUCUCUUGAUGGGUGCACUUACAAUGUUUAUUUAAUUUUAUCUUCCCCUCAUCUAUCCAUUUUAUCUCCCCUUGCCAUCUCCUUCCUCUCUUCAGUUUUCCUUCUCCCAACUCCUUUUCCCAUCUUUCUUCAAGUGCACAUAGUACAGUCACUACUUGUUGCAUAGGUUGCAAUGGUUUGGGCUGUUGCUCUGGGGCUAAGGACUCCACUUGUCUACUUCCCUCUGUUGAAUUAGCUGUCAUCAGACCGUUUCCUACUAUUAUAAUCUACCCCCCCCCCCCACUCACCCCUCUUCUUGCUUUCCUUUCGCUUACCUAUGCAACAUUCAUUGCAAUAACAUCAACUCA